UCGCAGUGAUCUGGCAGCUAGUCUGCCAGUUAGCAGAUAGCGGAUCGGUUUUAGUCAAAUAAAUUUGAUUUGAUUUUAAAUGUUAAUGAGUUGUUGCGCGUUGCAGGAUUUUUUUUGUUUAUACGUGCACUCGAGCAAGAAUGUUGUAGUCCAUUGCAAUGCUAAUCGUUAAAGUGCAAUAGUCGUUUUUCCCUGAAUCAAUCAGUCAUGUCAAAGAAUCACCAGUUAACGUUAACUAGGUAGCGUUGGCUAAACAUUCCCCUUUACUCAUCUCAGUGCAGUGGAGUUCUGAAUCAUGGAUGAAAUAGUGGAUCUCAGUAUUUCUGGAGGAUCUCAGUCUUUCAUUGAUGUCUGUGGUGAUGACUAUGACAUUAACCCCACACCUGAGCCAUUCAUGCACUUUUCAAGUUUUGAGGAGUGGCAGCAACCAGUGUCACUAAAUGUGGAGGCUAGCGGUAAUGUCGCAACGAGCGCAAAGUAUCAACUGGCCGAACAUGAAUCAGUGGAGAAGCAGAGGACUCGGGGCUCCCCUUAUAUGUGCUCUCUUUGCAAUAAAGUGUUUCCUACCACCAGCUCACUAAACAAACACCUCUUGACGCACCAGUCAGACCGACCACACAUCUGUCCUGUCUGCCAGCGUGCCUUCAAACGCCCUGAUCAUCUGUCUGGCCACAUGUUGACGCACGAGAAGCGGAAGCUGUUUCACUGUGCAGAGCCUGGCUGCGAACGAAGCUACUGUGAUGCCCACUCCCUGAAGCGCCACUUUCUGACUCAGCAUGGUAGUCUCCCGAAGUCUACGCCUUCUGAGGACGCCUCUGCCCUGCACCCCAAAGCACACUGGGAACCCACCGAAGACACAGCGAGCAAUAGCAAACAAAGCUCCUUCCCUACCCUAUUUAUUUCUGCCACGAAAAGCACGUCUGAUCCCCAGUUUGCAGGCUCAAACUACCACAGCUAUGUUAAAUACAGCAACUACACUGGGUUUCCCAAUGUGGUCAGGGGACUAGGAGGGAAUCAUCUCCACGCAGAGAGUGCUGCUCAGGACAAGACCCUCCCUGCAGAACCAGACCAGUGGAUUGCCACGGGCAAUAAAGCUGUGAUUACCAAGAGCAGAGGUGAGGUGGGGUCAUGCCAAGACGUGCCAAGCUCCUCAGAGUGGACAGUAGCCCUGGAGACUGAGGUAGGAACAAUUAGCACAGAUGUCGGUGUCGUGGCGGGGAAGAGCUUUGGGACGGACAGCCUGAGCGUCCCUUGUUGGGAGAAUGCGCCGGAAUUCCCAGUGACCGACCUCCAGGCGCUUGACAACAUCCUUUCGUUCCAGUCCACGUCACGUGAGACGGCCGUCAGUCACAUCAGUGAGGACAGGCCUCAAGCUUCGCCUGAAACCGCCAGACACUCCAAACUGAGUCAGCAUAUCCAUAUAAGCCAAGGCCUUACCCAGGUGAAAAAGCUUGAACUGGAGACACUGGAGACCGCAAGGCCUCAAGUCUCUAGUGGGGACUUCACCUCCACAGUUGACCUUCCAGCACCAGCUGCCCCAGAAAUCCAUGUGAGCGAAUUAGAGAAACGUGCCAUCCCUAAAAAGGCAGACCGGGUGAAAAAGAAAGCGUCCAAGAAGAAAACCACCACUGACAAUGCACUUCCUUUGCCUGCGUAUAAUGAUGAAACCAAUCCCUGGCAUUUACGACCCGAGUUUCUCUUAUCCCCGAGCCAGGUUGCGAUGGCUUCCUUCACCUCAGACAGUGCCCCCUACUUGUCAAUAAAGAAGGGAGGAAAUGUUUCUGUCAUCAGACGAGUAGAAGGAGGACAGGAGGCUUAUGAAAGGUCUGAUGUUGGGGACGUGGCUGAAGACAGCUAUUCCUGGUCUCAUCCUACCUCUUCAAUGCCCCCUGAGCAAAUUGACUCAGAACCAGAACCAUCUGCCCCAGUUCAGGUAUUGGAGCUUAUUACUGAUGAGGAAGCACCGCCCCAGAGUUUGGAGACGUGCCUGUCGCCCCUCAUCAUCCCUGUGUCUGUGCCCGUCUCAAAAAGACAAGAAGUCAGCAAGACACACCAGAAUUUUAAGCAAAUGGCUGACAAGACGGCGCUGCAGGCGAUGGAGGGGGCGCGAUUGAAGAAGCCCCGGCGCCUGGAGUCUCUGAAGAGCCUGAUCAUCCCCUCUCCCUUCCCGGUGCCCUCCCUCCAGCAGCUGGAGCAGGAGACCGUGGCCGGCGGCCUGCGCAUCCGUGCCACGGGAGGCUUCCUCAGCCAGCUGCGUUCCCCUACCUACGUGGCGGGGCAGCUGACGCAUCUGGACCUCCAGAUCGCCCCCUACACCCCACCGCCCAUGCUGAGCCCGCUGAGGCCCGGAAGUGGCCUGUACUUCAACAAGCAGCCCCAGCAGCACCCCUGCCCGCCCCUGGCCAACUCCUUCGUCGCCGCUAUGGAAAAAAAAGAUGGCACCUCACUUGUGGUGGAUGACUCCGUUGUCAGCAUAGAGCCGCGGAUCAACGUUGGCUCACGUUUCCAGGCCGAGAUUCCUCCGUUGCGCAACCAGCUUCUGAUGUUGUACGAGGACCAUCCGGCCCAGCUUGUGUGGUCCCCAUGGGGGGACAUUGACUCCAACACAGACACACAGGAAAGAGUUACAGAGUUCCUGAACAUGUGCUGCUCCAGCGUGCUCCCGGGAGGGGGAACCAACACUGAACUGGCCCUACACUGCCUCCAUGAGGCUCAAGGAAACACUAUGGCGGCGCUGGAUCUUCUAUUGGUCAGAGGAGAUUUUCGUUUCUCAUCCCACCCCCUAAGUGACUAUCACUAUUCAGGGUCAGACUUUUGGAGUGCACAGGAAAAAAGAAUCUUCCAAAAAGCUGUCAUCACCGAGCAUAAGGACUUUCAGCGCAUUCAGAAAAUACUACAGACCAAGACAGUGUACCAGUGUGUGGAGUACUACUACGCCAUGAAGAAACUGAAGAAGUUUAAAAACCGCUCACACACGGACAGACAGGAGGGAACGGACUAUAUGAAUUCGCCCUGUGGUCCUGAUGCGCAUCAAGCAAGCAAAAGGGCAGUGCAGUCGUCCCUGGCCCGACAGACACCUGCGCAGCAGUCCCUGGCUGCCACAGACACCUCCAUGGAGUACACCUGUGAGGAGUGUGGCCGGGGCUUCGAAAAGGUCCGGAGUCGCAGUGCACACAUGAAGACCCACCGCCACCAAGAGCGAUGCUCCUUGGUGUCCAACUGGUCUGCCGUUGAGAAGCUGGUAGACAAACCGGUCAUCCCUGCAGUGAAGUGCACCAGCACCCCUGAGUCCGACUGCCAGAGGGAUACAGUUCUGGCAGUCACCAUGGCAUCAUGUCAGGAUAGAGACCAAUCUGCAGAAUGAAAAUCGUAGAAUUGGUGAUAAAAACAUGAUUUAGCUGAUGCUUUCCAAUUGAAGUCUAGUUAAAAACAAAACAAAAAGAUAAAAUAUUGUAUUGCAAUAAGAGGACGUAUGAAACUUUUUAUGAAAUUCAGUGUAUUAAAUUAUGGAUCAUUGAAAAAAAAAUAUUUUUGGAAUAUUUACAUACUACAAAUAGGAUAACUUGUCCACUGAAAUUGUCAAAAUUAUUCAAAAAAUAAUGUGGAAUCCCUUGUUCUUCAUCUGUUACUUCUGUUAAGUGUGUGUGUGUUCCGUUGCUGCAGUGGUUGAACACGACUAUCUAAGUUAAAAUGCUCGUCAAAUUCUCUUGGAAUCUUUUAUUUAUUAUACAUAUUUUUAUUUAUAUAUUUCGAAACAGAUUUUUGUGAGCUCACAGGUGUUCUGUUUUUGGAUGAACCGUACAAUAUCCGUUCAAUGGGUACAGUAAAAAUGCAGCAGAUGUCUUAUUGUUGGAAGAAGUUCUAUUUUGUAAUACAGAGUUUUAAGUCCUGUUAAGGUUUUGAAUGGGGAGACCCCACACAGAUUUAAAUAAAUAUAUAUUGGUACACCUGA